AUGUACAGUAACUCGAGCGAUGCGGAGCGCGACGCGGCGGAGGAGACGACCCUCGCGGCACUCGUCGCUCUCUACGUGCUCGUGUCCAUCAUAGGUAUUAUAGGAAAUUUGAGCUUAAUGGCUGCGCUUGCGUCGGGAGGGGCGUCAAGACUGCGAACUCCUCAGAUGUUGAGCGCAUGCGCGGCCGACUUCCUAGUGUGCGCCGCGAGCGCACCCCUGGCCGCAACCCGCGCUGCCAGGAUAGAUGAGCUGCCCUGUCAAGUUACUUAUUAUAUUGAGUCAUUCCCCGUGGCCGCAAGCACAUUAUCUUUAGUGGCGAUAGCAGCUGACCGGUGUGGGGCGGUGAGGAGAGGCGGCACGUCACUAUGUGCGCGGCCGCAUCUUGCCGUUAUCGCCGUGUGGAUCAUGGCGCUUUUGCUUAGUGCAGCAGCAUUCACAACGACGUGCGUGUCAUGUCCGCCACUGGCCGCGGCGCAUGCACUCGUCACAUAUUGCUUCCCAGUGCUGGCCGUCGCCAAGUGUCACUGGGCAGUGAGGGUCAAACUGACCGCACUGUCACUAACCGCUAGAGCAGCACACGGCGAGCUACCACUCCCCGUGCCUCUAAUGAGAAGACCCACACAUGUCAUCAUCGUCGCCGGCGUAGGACCAAGGGAACGUCGUGACGCCGUCGACGUUGGUGACGUCAGAUCCAAGAAGAAACUCCAACCGAGCCUCCUUGGACCACAACCUCAAACUUCGACACUCCGCUCCCGGCGGCGGCUUGGCAACGUGCUCAUGGGGAUCGCGGCGAUAUUUGCUAUGUGCUGGUGUCCGCACGCUGCCAUAGUGAUAGCCAGUGCGUUUGGUUUGCAUGUGCCAUUCCUACUGGCGCACUUCGCUCUCCUGCUGGGGUACGCGCACUCAGCACUAAACGCGGUGGCGUACUGGGUGCUGAACCGGCACGCGCUGACGUCGGCGUGCGCGGCGUGGCGGCUGCCACAGCUGCGCGUGCGAGAGGAGCGUCCCUCGUCGACCAACGAAGCGGCUCUGGGAGCUUUCCACCCCCGCCUCGCUCGACCCGCGCCCUCUCCUCGCCCUCCCCCCUCCAGCUUCCUCUAUUGA